AUGAAAUUGGGUCAAAGAUUAAUGCACCUUCAUACUAGAGCAGCAAAAGGUAAUUAUCAUCAUUCAUUUCUAGUUCGUCAUCAUAAUAAUGCUGAGAUAAUUGUGAGAUGUUAUUAUUACGGUUCUUCUGGAGGUUAUUAUAGAGUUACAAAACUUGAACGUUUUGUGAGGGAUGAGUGUAAAUCUGGCAGGAUUAAGAAACUUGAUGAUAGUUUCAAAUACUUUGAUCAACUGAUUUUGGAAAGGCCAUUGCCAUCUAACUAUACAUUCUGUCAUAUAUUGGGUUCACUGUCCAAGAUUAAAUGUUAUUCUGAUGUGAUUAUGUUGCAUAAGAAGAUGAAUUUACUUGGAGUAAAACCCAAUAUUUAUACAUUCAGCAUUUUGAUUAACUGCUGCUGUCAAUUAGGGCUUGUGAAUCAUGGGUUCUAUUUUCUUGGAGAGAUGUUUAAGAGAGGGUGCCAUCCUGAUGUAGUCACAUUUACUACACUUAUCAAAGGGUUGUGCAUCAAGGAUGAGAUUCAACCUGCUUUUAAAGUGUUUGCUAUAAUGUCUGAGACAGGUAUUGAACCUAAUGCCUUCACAUGUGAUACUCUUAUACAUGGGCUUUGUAGGAAUGGUGAAGUGGGUCUGGCUCUUCAGUUAAAAAACAAGAUGGUGGAAUGGAACUGCAAACCUUGUGUUGUUUCAUACUCUGCGAUCAUAGAUACACUUUGUAAAGGAGGUUUAGUUGACGAAGCUUUGGUUCUCUUCUCCAAAAUGCUUAGAGAUUUGAAUGUCGUACCCAUGGCGAUGUAG